AUGAUCAAGCUAUAUUUAGAGUGCUUCACCAAAUCUAGCUCCGAGGAUAGAUUAACGGUGAAAGUGUCCCUUGAAAGCUACAUUGUUUUAGUUCUUUGUAAAUACUUAAGUCAACCCGAGAUUGGUGUGGAGGUGCAAAUUAAUUUUGUUCAAAGCAAAAUUGAAUCUAUGGAUAGCUCUCACACCAUUGUAGUAAAUCUUCAAAAGCUAGGAAUUGAAUUUUACGAACAAGAACAUUGGCCAUACUUCGCAAAUUUCUGUCAGUUACCUACGCUCACAUGCAACGCGUGGGUUAUUUCCGGUCUUUGCGGAAUUUGUCGUCGCGUGACGAAGAGUCACAUUGAGCUGUCAAAGAAUCCCAAGCGUAUCCUUGGCUUUAAGGGAAAUACUCUGCUGGCCCCUGCUGAAAUAUCAAUCUGGACUAAAUUUUGUGAGGUGGACAUCGAAAAAUGUGUUCGUGUCGUUUUGGAAAUGGAACGAACUUCAUCCUGCACUCUUCCAGAAGACCUUGGAAAACUAGAAAGUCAUCUAGCGCAACCCCUUAAGGUGCACAACAUAUACAAACUGAUUAAUAAUGUGCACAAUGUAAAGAUUUCGUCGAAUCAAGAAUAUCUAAAAUUGGAAAACGACGCCGAACGUUUCGAUUUCUACGCCAACCACAAAUUUGUGGAAGGUUACGAAAAAACGCUGGCCGAUAUAAUGCUGUACAUUUGUGUGAACAUCAUAAUGAAGCGGAUUCCAUUGGAAAAACUCGAAAAGAAACUACCGAAACUAGUAAGUUGGUAUAAUCUAGUUACAGCGGAUGACGACUUCGAUUUAGAAAACGCAUGCAAUGACCUACUCUCCGAGGGCCAGUCCAACUUGGAGGCGCUGCUGUUGGACCAGCUGGAAGUGCUCGUUCCGGAGAGCUAUAGUCUGUAUAAGGCAGACACGAAGAAGAUGAAUUUACUGGGCGAGAAAAUACUCACAACGAACCAGGCGGAGGUACUUGGCAUCCUAGACAAAGUCAAAUGUCUUAAGUUGGACAUCGGUAGCGCCCCGGGUGAUAGAGAUAGCAACCUUUUUGACUGGGAUGAUGUGCCAAUAGACGCAAAACCAGAAGGUGGAAAACUGCCAAACAAACGCGUCCAGCGCAAGAAGCAUCAGCUGGAGUGUCUCGCGAAUGAGGUGAUAACGCUGGCCCGCCCGGGAGAUGUAAUCGUUGAUUUUUGUUCGGGCACUGGACACUUGGGGAUACUGCUAGCGUACCUUCUGCCCGAGUGUACAAUCUAUCUGCUCGAGAACAAGGAAGAAUCCCAACAGCUGGCAACGGAACGAGUGAAGCGACUGGGGCUGACAAAUGUUGUUUAUUUGCAGUGCAAUUUGGACUACUUCGAGGCCAAUUUCGACAUCGGAGUAUCGCUACACGCUUGUGGCGUUGCCACCGAUAUUGUGCUGGAAAAAUGCUUCAAUCGAAAUGCGAACUUUGUGUGCUGCCCCUGCUGCUAUGGUAAGCUGUACGAGUUUGAUCGAGUAAGGUACCCUAGGAGCAAGGUUUUCCAACAGUCGAAUUUGCUACUCAAGGAGUAUUUGUGCAUUGCGCACUGUGCAGAUCAAACACAUGAUUUGGAUAACGACAGAACCAACGUUGAAAAAUCUCACCAAGGUUUUUACUGCAUGGAUGUGAUAGACAAGGAUCGUGCAUUGCGGGCGGAAGAAUUCGGUUACACGGUGAAGCAGAAACGUUUGAAUCCGGAGAAUUGUACCCCUAAAAACAGAAUCCUGGUUGGACGCCGUAAGUAAUUAGACAAUGAAUAAAACAUGGUUUCUUGAA